AUGUUGUUAGACAGACCACUGCAGCAGGCCAAACGUGACAAUCAUCUCCAGUGGGAUGAAUAUUUCAUGGCUCUCGCCUUCCUCUCCGCUAUGCGGAGCAAAGAUCCUGUCACUCAGGUUGGGGCUUGUAUUGUCGACAGCGAUAACAAAAUUGUCUCCAUGGGUUAUAAUGGAAUGCCUAUUGGGCUAUCGGAUGACGAAUUGCCGUGGACAAAGAGGCAGGAAGAUCCAUUGCAAAACAAAAAUUUCUAUGGCACUAUCAAAGGGUGCAAAAUCUACCUCACUCUCUUCCCCUGUCACGAAUGCGCCAAAGUUAUGAUUCAGUCGGGUAUUAGAGAAGUUAUUUACUUUGACGAGAAGAGGGCUGGCACCCCAUCCUACGAUGCUUCAAAAAUCAUGUUUUUGAAAGCGAACGUGAAACUGACGCUUUACUCCUCCGUCGAGAUGGCAAUAAAGCCAGCUGUUUUAUACUUGAUGCGUCUUCUGAAUCCCAGCUAUCCUCCUGGCAUUCCGAAGGAUCCCAUUAACAAUUUUCACUCAUUCCCAAUAUCACAGGCCUAA